UUCUUCUUUGUUGUUGUUGUUGGCUUGUUGCUUUACAUGUUCCAUUUUUGAUGUUUCUUGUAGAAUAAAGCUAUUCCUUUCUCUUCGAUCACCCCCGAAAUAAAAGGGCCUCUCAGUUUUUAGCUGUUUGUUUCUAAAUUGUGUACCUCCCUCCUAAUCAUCCAUUAGAAGUUUUAGAACCGUUACAGCUUUUGGGUUUACAACCCCAUGGUUCUCUCCAAAACUGCUCCUAUAUUGUUUGGUUUUUCAUGAAGGAGAACAGAGUAGUUCCUUUCUUCAAACCCAGGGCAUUGAUUUGGGAUGCAGUAGAGGCCAGAACCAGAAGUGGGUGAUAGGAAUUGAAUUCUCAGGGCCAGCCUUUGUUGAAUUUGUUAUAUUCUGUAGAAAUUUUUGAUUCUUCUUUCUUGGACUUGCUUUGAACAAAUGAUGACUCUUUUUCGUCAGAGAUGCAAAUUUUGAUCUGCGUUUUUUUUUUCUGGAAAGAAGAGAAAAUUUUCCUGAAUUAUCGAGAACAAUUAGCUUGUAGAGAGUGAUACACACACAUCAUAUACAUAGAGAGAGAGAGAGAGAGAGAGAGAGGUUUAGAGGAAUUAGAGCUGAUUCCGAUGGACACAGAGACACCAAAAUCUGAGCAGUCACCGCCGGAGCAGCUACAGGCAGGGCAGCCAAGCUUGCCGAGGAAGAAAAUGACAAAGCAGUUAACCGGAAAGCGUGAUGACACGCCUUUGCAUUCGGCUGCGAGGGCAGGGAAUAUGGCUGUGGUGAAAGAUAUCCUUGAGAAUACAGGAGAAGAUGAAUUGAAGGAAUUAUUGGCCAAGCAAAAUUCUUCUGCUGAGACACCCUUGUAUGUUGCUUCUGAAUAUGGUUAUGUUGAUUUGGUAAGGGAGAUGAUCCAAUACUAUGAUCUUGCUGAUGCUGGAAUCAAAGCGCGAAAUGGGUUUGAUGCAUUCCAUAUUGCUGCCAAACAAGGGGAUUUAGAUGUGUUGACAAUACUUAUGGAUGCUCAUCCAGAAUUGACAAUGACUGUGGAUCUCUCCAACACCACGGCUUUGCACACGGCUGCAAACCAAGGGCAUGUUGAGGUGGUGAAGUUUCUAUUGGAAGCCGGUAGCAGCCUGGCAACCAUUGCUCGUAGCAAUGGCAAAACGGCGCUGCAUUCUGCGGCAAGAAAUGGUCAUUUGGAGGUGAUGAAAGCACUUCUCAAAAAGGAGCCUGGUAUUGCAACUCGUACCGAUAAGAAGGGACAGACUGCACUUCAUAUGGCAGUAAAGGGGCAGAAUCUUGAGGUGGUGGAGUUGUUGAUUAAUGCAGAUCCUGUAUUGAUAAACAUGUGUGACAAUAAAGAAAACACAGCAUUGCAUAUAGCUACUCGAAAAGGUAGAACUGAGAUUGUCAAGAUGCUACUGCAACACAAAGACACAGAGGUAAAAACAAUUAACAAGUCCACAGAAACUGCCAUUGACACUGCAGAGAAAACAGGAAACUCUGAAAUCAAGGCCCUUCUGCAGGCACAUAAUGUUCCAAGUGCUAAAGAUCUCAAGCCACAAUCGAAAAAUCCAGCUCGAGAGCUGAAACAAACUGUGAGCGACAUUAAACAUGAAGUUCAUCACCAGCUAGAACACACUCGUCAAACAAGAAGACGUGUCCAAGGCAUUGCCAAACGCCUUCACAAAAUGCACACAGAAGGCCUCAACAAUGCAAUAAACUCCAACACUGUUGUUGCUGUCCUCAUUGCCACAGUCACAUUUGCAGCCAUUUUCCAAAUCCCUGGCCAGUGGGUGGAUGACCCCAAUGACAUUCCUGAAGGGCAGUCACUUGGUGAAGCCAACAUUGCUCCCAACCCCGCCUUCAAAGUCUUCUUCAUCUUCGAUUCAAUUGCCCUAUUCAUCUCUCUGGCUGUUGUGGUGGUGCAAACUUCAGUUGUGGUAGUCGAGAGCAAAGCAAAGAAGCAAAUGAUGGCAAUCAUUAACAAGCUAAUGUGGUUAGCUUGUCUGCUUCUUUCAGUGGCAUUCCUAGCACUCUCGUUUGUUGUUGUAGGAGAACACCAUAAGUGGCUUGCAAUUGGGGUAACCAUUAUCGGAACGGUAAUAAUGGCAGCAACUUUGGGUACUAUGUCUUUCUGGAUAGUUAGGCAUCGAAUCGAAGCCAAAAAUAUGAGGAACAUCAGAAGAAAUUCGAUGGGAAGCCAGCAGUCGCGGUCAUGGUCUUUGUCUGCAGUUAUGUCUGAAUCCGAGCUCCUGAACAAUGAGUAUAAGAAGAUGUAUGCAAUUUGAAUCUUCUACAUAUAUACGGCGCCAUUUAGAUUAUUUUUGAAGCAUUGGGGCGUCACACCUGGUCUAUAUAUAAUCUUAUAAAUUAACUUCUAAAUGUAUAUUCUCCAAAGGAGUUGAUCAUAGCUCCUGUUGAAAUUUUUUGGCUUUUGUUAGAGGCUUGUAACAGAUGAGUAAUAUGAAUAAUGUACCUUUGUUGGGGACUCAGAAGA